GUAACGUUUCCUGUUUUUCUGUCUUUUUUUUUUCCCCUUCCACCGAGCACCGGGGGUUUACGUGACACACGAUGGCGACUCCAGUGAGCGCGCAGUGCUCCAGCAAGACGUGGGAGCUGAGCCUGUACGAGCUGCACCGCACGCCGCAGGUACCCCCCAAGGAAGCCAUCAUGGACGGUACGGAGAUCGCGGUGUCCCCUCGGAGCCUCCACAGCGAGCUCAUGUGCCCCAUCUGCCUGGACAUGCUGAAGAACACAAUGACCACCAAAGAAUGCCUGCACCGCUUCUGUUCGGACUGCAUCGUCACCGCGCUGCGCAGCGGAAACAAAGAAUGCCCCACAUGCAGGAAGAAGCUGGUCUCUAAACGUUCCCUCCGCCCAGAUCCGAAUUUUGAUGCUUUAAUCUCCAAGAUCUACCCCAGCAGAGACGAGUACGAAGCGCAUCAGGACCGCGUUCUAGCGAAGCUCAGUCGGCUUCACAACCAGCAGGCUCUGAGCAGCAGCAUCGAGGAAGGCCUCAAAAUGCAAGCCAUGAACAGGGCGCAGAGAGUGCGGAAACACCAGCAAGAGUCGGACAACACCACGUUCAGCGGCGGAGAAGACAACUGCGACAGCCGCUCACACGUCAGCAACCCGUCCGUGCACAGCAACCAGGAGGCAGGACCGAGCCGCAAGAGAUCCCGAGCCUCCGAGGAUUCUGGGGCGGAGCCAGACAUGUCACAUGACGGUGGGGUGAGGAGUCCGGAUCCGCAAGGAGUAGGCGAAGCAGGCAGCGAAAUUGAGCUGGUGUUUAGGGCGCAUCCUCUGCUGGUGGAGAAAGAUGGCUACAGCCAAACCAGGUUUGUAAAGACCACAGCAAACGCCACGGUCGAUCAUCUUUCCAAGUAUUUGGCCCUUCGCAUCGCCCUGGAGGAGCAAGCACAAAGAGGCGGAGCAGACGGCGUGACCCUGGGGGAGGUCAGCGAGAAGCAGUAUACAAUAUAUAUCUGUGCAGGGGCCGCAGGAGGACAAUACACAACGCUGAACGGUUCAUUAACGCUUGAGUUGGUCAAUGAGAAGUAUUGGAAGGUGAGCAAACCCCUGGAGCUGUACUACGCCCCAACCAAGGAGCAGAAGUAACGGUGACCCCCAGACGGUGUGGGGAGAUGGACUGGAGAAAACAAAUAAGACUGAUGUUUCUACUGUGUGAAGGCAACAGCAGCCAUUUUGGGAGCGCGCAGCAGACUGGGUAGAGACCCUCGAGUACAGUGGAGGCCAACGUUGUGAAGACACCACCCCACCUGCCCCCCCCCCCGCACAGUGAAGAGGGUGUGACAGCCCACCCUGGUGAAGGAGCACAAUGUAACAGAGUGACGUGAUGGACCCCGCCAUGUCAUGGGCAGCUUCGCUUCUCUAACCUGCUUCAUAAGUGUCACCACAGCGACCCGCCCGCGCGUCCGGCGCACAUUCCACUUGUGUCCCGUCAGCGGGCCGAGUCCUCGCCAUCCUCAUCCAUUGUGCUCCUCGGUUUUUUUGUGUGGGAUCUCUAAUUUAUAUGACAUAUAUAUAUAUAUAUACUAUAUUCUGCUGGUAUUUUCCUAAGAUUGUAAUAGUUUUUAUACUAGAUCCAUUUACUUUUUAGAAUUUUCUUUGCUUUUUUUUUUUGUGUUUAGGAAAACGAGCAGCGGCAGCAGCAAUAUAUUACUUUCUCU